GUUUGUUUAAAGUCCUUACAAUUCACAUUUGUUUAAAGUCCUCUAUGAAGUUUGUUGUCUCGAAUAUCCUGAAUGGCUGAAUCACCUUCGGCAGUUAUACGAGUGUGCGGAUCCCUUUUCCGUGACAAAUUUGUUUUCCAUAUCGAGACAAACAAUGUGGAAGUGGUAAAAACAGUGUGCGAAACAGCCAUUAAAAUAGGUCUGGGUCUCGGCGCUCUGUAUGUUGGUUAUAAAUUACUGAAACCAUUAGUGGACGUUGCAGUGCAAAAUGCUCUUGGUGGCAACCACGAUGGUCAAGAUCCUCCUGACGUUCAGCCUGGAUCUUUGCGUGUUGAGUUACAUUGUCUCACAGACAUCAGGUUUCUGGAAGUCUUAGAGGAUUAUGAAUCAGGAAGAAUGAAGGAACGCUUGCAAGAAGAGUUUUCCAAGGUUGGAAUCAAAGUAGAAGGACUGAAGGUGGAGAUUGAAAACAUGAAGGAGGUGAAUGAAACAAAGGAAGUAAUUAUGAAGAGAAGACACUAUAUGACAGAAGAAUACAAGUCAGCAUUUGAUUUGCAACAAAAAGGUCUUCAUAAAAAGAUAAAAAUACAUGGAGAAGAUCAUCCUGAAACAGCUGACAGUUAUUACAGCAUUGGAGCUACACUAAAUGAGAUGAAAGAUUACAAGACAGCAUUAAAGUCGCAUCAAAAAGCCCUCGAGAUUCGAUUAAAAUUGCUAGGGAGAGACCAUUUUCAGACAGCUCAAAGUUAUUUCAAUAUUGGGCUCACACAGCAUGAUUUGAAAGAUUACCAGCUCGCCCUAGAGUCAUUUCAAAAUGCUCUCGAGAUUUUUCUGAAAUUAUUUGGAGAAGAUCAUUUAGGAUCAGCUGAAAGUUAUUACAAUAUCGGAAUCAUUCAGCAUAAGAUGGGAGACGACAAGUCAGCAUUAGAGUCGCAUCAAAAGGCCUUGGAAAUCAGAUUGAAACUCCGUGGAGAAGAUCAUCCCGCGACAGCUGAAAGUUAUUUUACGACUGCAAUCAUCCAACAUGCAAUAAAAAAAUACAACUCAGCAUUAGAGUUGCGUCAAAAAGCUCUUGAAAUAAGGUUGAAACUACAUGGGAAAGAUAACUUUCAGACAGCCCUAAGUCAUUUCAGCAUUGGGAUCACACUACAUGAGAUGAAAGUUUACCAGCUUGCAUUAGAGUCAUAUCGAACUGCUCUUGAAAUCUUUCUUGAGUUAUAUGGAAAAGAUCAUCCUGCGACGGCUGAAAGUUAUUACAGAAUUGGCAUCACGCAACAUGAGAUGAAAGAUUACCAGUCAGCAUUAGAGUCGCAUCAAAAAGCUCUUGGAAUAAAUUUAAGAUUAUAUGGAGAAGAUCAUCCUGCGACGGCUGAAAGUUACUACAAAAUUAGCAUCACCCAACAUGAGAUGAAAGAUUACCAGUCGGCACAGGAAUCGCACGAAAAGGCUGAUAAGAUAAGAUCGAGAUUAUAUGGAGAUGAUGUUCUUGGAACCGCUGACGGUAAUCUAAGAGAUCCGAAAUCUUUGGGUUUGGUACUGGAAGCUUUGUCAUUGUUUGAAGAAACAUCAAUUCCUGAAAGUUCGCCAUUCACGAGUACAUGA